GAGCGCGCAUCCAGACACGAGACACGCUGUCAGCUGCGCCUCCUGGCACACGCGAGCAAUGACGUGGAUUUUCAUCCAUUGCGGUGCGAAAUCAGUUAAGUCACUGCAUACAACUACUCCUCUGCAUUGGGUCUGGACUAAUUUCCCCAUCUGUAACGAGGUAUUUCUGUUCAGUGUCCAGUGAGGAGCAGCACGUCAACAUGAUUAAAGGCAAAGUUGAAAACAUUAAAGACAAAAUUGAUGGCAAUGAGCUUGAUUUGAGUCUCAGUAAUCUCACAGAAGUGCCAGUCAAGGAGCUGGCUGCAUUUCCAAAGGCAACGGUUUUGGAUCUGUCCUGUAAUAAUCUAACAACUCUGACUCCUGAAUUCUUCAGCUUGACUCACCUUAUAAAAAUUGACCUGAGCAAGAACCAGCUCGUCUGCUUACCAGAAGAAAUUGGGCAACUCGGUAACCUCCAGCACCUGGAUUUAUACAACAACAAACUGAAAAUGCUUCCCAUUGGCUUCUCACAACUCAAGAGUCUUAAAUGGCUGGAUCUGAAGGACAACCCCUUGGAGCCGACACUGGCCAAGGCUGCGGGCGAUUGCUUGGAUGAGAAGCAGUGCAAACAGUGCGCAUCCAGGGUUCUGCAGCACAUGAAGGUACUACAGGAAGAAGCAGAAAAGGAACAAGAACGUCGAUUGUUGAAAGAGAGAGAACUAGAAAAGAAAAAAGAAGCUAAGCAGAGGGAAAAGGAGGCCAGGGAAAGAGAAGUACAAAAAAAGAAAAAAGCAGAAGAGAAGGAAAGGAAAAGAAAGGAGUAUCAGGCUCAGAUGGCUGCUCUUGCUGCACAAGAACAACAGAAAAAGAAGAAAGAAGAGAAGAAAAAGAGAGCUGCUCAAAAUCAAGGUAAAAAGAAAGCAUCAGAGUCUGUGCCCAAAGCCAAGCGGUCCAUCUGCUCCCUGUUCUUCUCUCUGCUCCUAAAACUCCUGCUCCUGCUAACUGUGGGAGUAGCAAGCGUAAUAGCAGUUUGUCAGUUAACUGAACUGAGGAAGGAGGCGUUCUGUGUUCCACUCAACACACACUUUGAGGAGACGGUGAGGUGGGCUCAGGGUCUGGAGGUUGUGCAGCAGGUCCUUCAGAAAAUGUCUGAUCUCAGAACAUAAGUCUGUGUCUGAUAAUGAUCCAUCCUGCCGCGGAUCUGAACCUCUCAGGUGACGCAUUGGGACCAAGUCACAGACCUGUCUGCAGAAAUUCCUAUGGAAUUGUUUUUCCCAUUGCUGCAUCUUUUAAAAAAAAUAAUAAUCCAUGUGAGAACUAUGGACCAGUCUGUGAAUGCAAAUCUUGCUUGUAUGUCUUUAAACUGCCAAAUCGGGAAAGGAAAAUGGACUACAAGGAGCAGUUGAUGAAUGAUAACAUUUGUGACCUUUGGAGUCUUGCGUAAUACUGUUUCACAACAUCUUAUAAUAAAAGAUUUGAUCGAUUUUGA